CCAAGAUGCUGAUGCUAAACUAUCUGAACUAUAUUUUGAUCGUACUUAUCGGUCUUGCGAUUUGUGUUUCAUCAAAACCCGAGGAAGUUGCUGUUGAUAAUUUGGAUUGCCGGGAAAAUACCUGUACGAAAUUGGAUUAUCCUCUUCCCUCAGAGGUUGCCAUCUUUACAGAAGAGCUGACCAAAGAUUUAAGGGACUACGAAUCUCUCAUUCUUCACAGUUCGAGCUUGGCCAACCUGCCCAGAAAAAUCUUUCUAAAUCUUCCUCAACUUGUGGAACUCCAUGUGUUGGAGUGUGAUCUUCAACAAAUUGAAAGAGAGUGCUUUGAGGGUUCCGAAAACUUAAGAAGACUAAAUUUGGGAGGAAAUAGCCUCAGAGUUUUGGAUGGUAACACCUUCCAACUGGCCACACAAUUAGAGGAGCUCAACUUGUCCGACAAUCAACUGGAGGAUCUUCCCAAUACAAUAUUCCUGCCCCUCAAGAUACUUCAGAAGAUCAACUUAUCCAACAAUCAGAUAAAGGCCAUUUCUCCGUACACCUUUUCACAAUUAGGAUCCCUAAAAUCCAUAAAUCUGGAUAUCAAUCAGCUGAGGGAACUGCCUGGAGAUCUUUUCAAGGAUCAGCAGAAACAUUUGACACAAUUCUCAGCCAGGAGUAAUCAACUAGAACGAAUUCCAACAAACAUAUUUUCAGAAAUAGAACUUCUCUUACUAUCGUUUAACCCUGAACUCAAAAGUCUCCAUCUAACAGCCAAUAUUGAUGAGCUGCAGGCCACCAAUUGUGGUCUCGAAUCGGUCAAGUUGGAUGGAAGAGUGAUAGGUGUCCAACUGGAAGAUAACCUGAAUCUAAAAGAAUUGAAAAUAGCCCACCCCGAGAAUCUGGAGCAACUAUAUGUGGCCAAUACCAACCUCACCAGACUUGACUUUCUGUCCAAGGCCAGUAAAUUAGUUGACCUGGAUCUGACGGGCAUUGAAAAUCUAUCAGAUUUACCUAAAAUUUCGUCAGCCAGGGGUUUGGAACGAUUGAGCUUCACUUACGACAACUUGACCGCGGAUCACAUGGACAUGUUGCCUCAACUGAAAGAUCUCAACUACUUGGAGAUAACCCACGACAAAGUUAGGGAGAUCUAUAUUAAAGAUUUGGAUGAAGAUUUCUUCGUCGAAGAAGCCGAACUUAAUUGUGGACAGUUGGCGGAUCUGUUGGAGUUCGUCGAACUGCCAAAGGACACAACUAUAUUGGAGGAUCGAUUAGUCGGAGAUCCUCGAGGGCCAUUGAGAUGUGGAAGCGCUUAGAAUUAAGGCUCUUGAUUGGAAUUUAGUUUUUAGAAGUAAAACAUUUGGUAUAUAACAAUCAAUACAAUAGGUUUUAGAAGAUUAUUAAAUUGUUGGACGUUUCUUUACUCAUUUA